GGACGCAUGAAGAUGUUUAAUAAUAUGUUUCUGUAAACAAAUUCAGCAAGUUGUAUAAAAAUAGAGGAUCAACAAGAAAAUAACCACUACCAAAUCUGUUUCAAUUACAAAAUAAUUGUACGUCUGCAACUGUAAUAAUUGAGAUUGGUUAAUUAUUAAAUUUUAAUAGUAAUUAAAAUCUAUGACAAUGGUUGAAGAAGUAACGAGCCCGUAUAAAUCAAAGAAUAAAACUGCCAGACCCAGGCCUGUUUAUUUAUGGAAUGUAUUGGACGUACAAAAAUGGUUGAGACGUCAUUGCAGUGAUUACUAUCAACUUUAUCAUGAAAAGUUUCUCUACCAUGAUAUAACUGGUCGAGUACUUUUGAGAAUCAACGAAAAUAUUCUUCUUCGAUUAGGAAUUAAUAAUGAAGAACAUAGAGAAUUUAUUUGGCGAGAAAUAAUGAAACUUCAUCUAAAAACAGAUAUUUUAGAACUUCGUGAUAUAGAACGUAGAAACAAUAUGAAUUAUGAUUAGGCAAAUAUUGUUUGUUUUCACGCUAUUAAUCAAUUAAAAUUUUUAAAUUGGAUACAGAGAAUAAGGUAUUCUGAAAAACUAUUAUUUACAGUGCUAUGGGAUGUUUAUGAAUGAUUUUAUAAAUUAUUUAUAAUUUUUAUUUUAAAAAAAAUGACUUGAUUAUUUAAUAGCAUCUUUCUUCAUUAAUCUCAUUUAAUCUUGUUAAUUAUAAGUCUUUCCGGUUUCUUCCGGUUUCCAAUCUAUAAGUUGAUUCGGUUUCCAUUUCUCACUUAUUUACUAAAUUGAUUUUCUUAAAAUAAAUUUUUUCACAUCGCACCUUACUUUUCAUAUUACACAAGUUUUCAAUCAUGCUUAUUAACUAUUUAACACUAGGAAAAAUA